AUGGGACAUCCAGCAGAUGAUGUACCAACCCCAAAACAGGCACCAAAUGAGGCACCAGAUGAGGCACAAAAAACCAUCUCUCAGGGACCUCCUGUGCCCGUAGGUCCAGGCGGCCCAGGAGGCCCAGGAGCCAACGCGUUAUACAAGCCCAAGACUCUCCGCUUCUGGUUGACAAUACUAGCAAACUUUCUGGCUGUUUUUCUUGUCGCCUUGGAUCGCACCAUUGUCGCAACCGCUAUCCCUCAAAUCACGGAUGAAUAUCACAGUCUGGGUGACAUUGGCUGGUACGGCUCCGCUUACAUGCUGACAACAUCGGCCUCGCAACUCCUCUUUGGCCGUCUGUUUAAAUUCUACAACAUGAAAUGGGUGUUCCUGACUUCUGUAGUCAUCUUUGAGGUCGGCUCUGCCAUAUGUGGAGCUGCCCCUACCUCGCCGGUCUUUAUCUUCGGCCGGGCCAUUGCCGGCUUCGGAAGUGCAGGCAUCUUCUCAGGUGCCAUGAUGAUCAUGAUCCCUAUGGUGCCUCUCCCCAAGCGCCCCAUGUUCCAGAGUCUAUUUGGAAUGGUCUUUGGGAUCGCUUCGGUGAUGGGUCCCUUGAUCGGUGGUGCGUUCACUAGCACCUUGACCUGGAGAUGGUGCUUCUAUAUCAACCUUCCAAUCGGAGGUUUCACACUACUCUUCAUGGUCUUUUUCUGGAACCCACCAGCACGCAAGACCGAGCCAGCUCCCGUCAUCGAUCACAUCAAAAGGCUCGAUCCACUUGGUACUUUUUUCUUCAUCCCAUGCGUGGUCUGUCUUCUGCUCGCGUUGCAGUGGGGUGGCUCGACGUAUGCGUGGAGUAACUGGCGUACUAUCCUGCUGUUCGUUCUCUUUGGCGUCCUCGGCCUGGCCUUUGCCGCUGUGCAAAUUAUCAUGCCCAACACUGCCUCUAUCCCACCAAGGAUUAUCAAGCAGCGCACCGUGCUUUUCGCGGUGUGCUUCACAUUCUUCAUCGCAGGCUCCAUGCUGAUGCUGGUUUAUUACAUGCCGAUUUGGUUCCAAACUGUGAGGCGUGUGAGUGCCCUCAACUCGGGUAUCUACACGCUGCCGCUGGUUCUGUCCCUUGUGGCUUCAAGCUUGCUGAACGGAGUGGGCACCGCGAAAAUCGGGUACUACGUUCCUUCCAUGUUGCUGGCUCCAUCCGUCAUGGCGAUCGGCGAAGGUCUGCUCAGUACCCUCACCCGUAAUGCCCCUCAGAGCCACUGGGUCGGCUACCAGUUCCUGUCCGGCUUCGGCCUGGGCAUGGGCAUGCAAACGGGUGGCUUGGCCGUGCAGACUGUCCUGCCCAUGGCCGAUGUUUCCAUGGGAAUUGCCUGCAUUUUCUUCGCUCAACAACUCGGCGGUGCCAUCUUCACGACCGUUGGUCAAACCAUCCUCAGCAACUUGCUCGUCUCAGAACUGGCUGGCGUCCCUGGGAUCGACCCAGCCCAGAUCGUGGCAAGUGGUGCGACGGAGCUGGCGGAUAUUGUACCAGCAGAGGAAUUGAACGUUGUGCUUGAUGCGUACAACUAUUCUCUAACAAGGAUUUUCUUAGCGGCCAUGGGCCUUGCGUUCGCCGCCCUGCUUUCGGCCGCAUGUAUGGAGUGGAAGAGCAUCAAGAAGCCUGGCGUAGGCGCUGUUGCGGAACCAGCGAAGGAUGAUUCUGACAGUCCAUCAAGAUCAGAAGAGACCGAGUUGGGAGUGAUGGGAAGUAGAAGGGCGGGCCAAGCGGACAGUAAUGGUGUCGCGAGGAAUUAG